GUGUCUAUAGAGAUUUAAAUCACUGCGACUGAGGGUUUAUAGCACCCCACUUCUAGGGUUUUAGAGGAGUAUUUGAACAGGUCUGAAGUCUCUGAACCAUCUGUGCCUGAACAAUGGGAUUUUGGGGAAUUGAAGUCAAACCAGGAAAGCCAUACCCUUAUCACUCGGAUAACGUACCAGGUCGGCUUCAUGUAACCCAGGCUACACUUGGUUUGGGCUCAACCUCAGAGAGGAGUAUAGUUCAGUGUGCUGUUGGACAUAAAAGUCCUAUCUUUCUUUGCUCUCUGUUACCGAACAAAAAUGAAUCGUGUCCGUUGAAUCUUGAAUUUGAGGAAGAUGAGUUAGUUGCAUUCUCCGUCAUUGGUCCACGGAGUGUCCAUCUCUCUGGCUACUUUGAGUCUGACGAGGGCGACACCAUAAGAGAUGACUACGAGUCUGAUUCUUUUGGGGAGGAUAUUGCUGAUUCAGAGACAGAGUCAUCUGAAUUUGACAAUAGCGAUAGCGGUGAUGAAUUUAUUGAUGAUGACCUUGACAUGUUUCCUGAUUCACCUGUUCCAAACAGUGGAGUUAUAAUUGAGGAGAUUGAGGAUGAUGAGAAACCAACAAGUAAAGUUGGGCUAUCUAAACAACAGAAAAAGAACCAAUCAAAGGGCUCUGAGGACAACAAAGACUCUCAACGCCAAGCCAUUGUUAAAAGAGAUAGCAUUCCUGUUCUGGAAAGUGAAGAUGAGGAUGGCUUUCCAGUUUCCAACAAACAUGAAAGCAAAUCAAAUGUUCAAAGGACUGAACCAGAGGUACAGAAAUCAGAUGAAAAGGUUGAGAAAACCAACAAGAAAAAGCAAGAUGGCGAUGGUGCUACUAACUUGAAAAGAAAGGUUGAAAAUCUCGACCAGGAGACCCAAGCAGAAAAGAAAAAAAAGAAGAAGAAUAAGCAGUUAAAAGAACAACAUGCAGAGGAAAAUUCUGAUGAAAUGGAGCGCAAGGAGUUGAAGAGUUCCGAUGUGAGUCAGGUUUCAACAAAAAAUGAUCAUGAGGAAAAGCUGGCCAAGGAAAAGAGCCUUGGAAAUGAACAGGAGACAAAAAAGAAGAGAAAGAAGAACAAAAAGAAAAGCCAGGAUAAUGAAGGUGAAACUAAUGUGAAUCAAACUGUUUCUGCUAAGGAAGCCCAAAAUGUAUCAACCUUGGACUCAGAUAAGCAAACUAAUGCAAAGUCAUCUAAAGUGAGAACAUUUGCUAAUGGUUUGGUCGUUGAAGAACUGUCAAUGGGCAAACCAGACGGUAAAAAAGCUCAACCAGGAAAGCAAGUCAGUGUUCACUACAUUGGCAAGCUAAAGAAGAAUGGUAAACAGUUCGACUCAAACGUGGGAAGAGCACCAUUUAAGUUCCGCCUAGGUGUAGGACAAGUUAUUAAAGGGUGGGAUGUUGGAGUUGAGGGCAUGCGUGUUGGGGACAAGAGAAGGCUUACUAUUCCACCAGAGAUGGGUUAUGGACGUAAGGGAGCAGGUGGUGCAAUUCCUCCAAAUUCGUGGCUUGUGUUUGAUGUUGAGUUAAAUGAUGUUCGUUAAUUCUCAGACCUAUCAAUCAAACAAAUUUUUGGCAGCUGUGAGGGGAGACCAUUUCUUAACAGGCUACCAGGCUUGUAACAAUUUUGCUAUGAUUGUGGAAAUUUGUUCAAAAGUUGGAUAAUUGAAAAUUCUGAUAUUGUGGGAGAGAGUUAAUUUUAAGAGCAGUUGACUUUUGUUGAGGGAAAUUGCACUCAAUUUUUGUUUACAUAAUAGAACAAACCUUUAUUAUUAUUA